GAGACAGCUGGAGCAACGACAAUGAAGAAGGCGUCUUAUCUUCUCUCCUUGUUGGGUGCGGUGAUCGUCUGCACACAGAUAGGUAAGCUCCUCUCUUGCCCUCCUCCCUGACCGAAGCAUGAAAGCAGAAUGGCGCUUUGGGAAACCGAAGAGAGGCUGACUGCUUUAAUAGAAUGUCCCUGGCUGUUUUUGCAGGGAAAUUAAGGCUGCUGGUUUCCAUUCCAAAGUUGGGGGGAGGGAGUUGGUUUGCUUUGCAUUUUAUGGAGAGCCUAGUUCCUGAAUGGCGUAACUGUGAAGGACCAGGUGCGUAGCCUGGGAGUCAUUUUGGACUCACAGCUGUCCAUGGAGGCCCAGGUCAAUUCUGUGUCCAGGGCGGCUGUCUACCAGCUCCACCUGGUACGCAGGCUGAGACCCUCCCUGCCCACGGACUGUCUCGCCAGAGUGGUGCAUGCUCUAGUUAUCUCCCGCUUGGACUACUGCAAUGCGCUCUAUGUGGGGCUACCUUUGAAGGUGACCCGGAAACUACAACUAAUCCAGAAUGCAUCAGCUAGACUGGUGACUGGGAGCGGCUGCCGAGACCGCAUAACACCUGUCUUGAAAGACCUAGAUUGGCUCCCAGUACAUUUCUGAGCACAAUUCAAAGUGUUGGUGUUGACCUUUAAAGGCCUAAAUGGCCUCGGUCCAGUAUAUCUGAAGGAGCAUCUCCACCCCCAUCGUUCUGCCCGGACACUGAGGUCCAGUGCUGAGGGCUUUCUGGCAGUUUCCUCACUGCGAGAAGCAAAGCUACAGGGAACCAGGCAGAGGGCCUUCUCGGUAAUGGCACCCGCCCUGUGGAACGCCCUCCCAUCAGAUGUCAAAGAGAUAAACUACCUGACAUUCAGAAGACAUCUGAAGGCAGCCCUGUUCAGGGAAGUUUUUAAUGUGUGACAUUUUAGUGUAUUUUUGGUCUUUGUUGGAGGCUUCCCAGAGUGGCUGGGAAACCCAGCCAGAUGGGGAGGGUACAAAUAAUAAAUUAUUAUUAUUAUUAAUUUGCACUUUCCAAAACAAGACACAGGCCAGAACACAGCUGUCCUUCAAAAUUCACCUUUCUCUGAAUUUUGCAAUGCUGUUAUCCAACCAAAUAAUCUGUUGCAUACAUUAAGGGGAAAUAAUGUGCAGAAAUACAAUAUAUGGAAACUUGCUCACAAAAAUACAUACAUUCAAAAUUGCAUGCAAAAACAUUAGGGAAAGUUCACAUUUAAACACUGAGGAAAUAUUGCAAGGACAUUUUUAAAGGCAAAUUGUUGCAGAAAUGUGGAGAGCUGGGGGAAAAUCGGAACUGAAAGAAACCUAAAUUCACGAAUCUGUUCUUAGCUUCAGUGGGAUUUACUUGCAACAGAGCAUGCUAAAUCCAUAAGGAAAUCGUGUUGGCAUUCAUUUCAAACUGGGUCUGUUUUGCUUAUUCCUGAAAGCGUGGGGUGGAGGAGACUAUGAAGCUGUCCUGACUGGAAGAGGACUGGCUGUGCCUCCGAAAGAAUAAGCCAACCUUUGAUUGGCAACACCUCAAAGGCGGAAGGAGCUGCUGUUUGUUGUUUACUCGGCCAAGAAUUUCUUGCAUUGACCUAUCACAAAUGCUGACCUGGUUUUGACUAACCGCUUUCACCACGAUCCAAUUCCUUUGCAGUGUGCCUGGGAGGACUUUGGAGCAUCGUUUUGCACGAUGAUGCCACCUACUGGCGCCACAUAAUACGAAACUGCUAUAGAGUUUCAAAAGAUGGUUGUGCUAUGACGGGGGGGGGGGUAGGUUGGGAGGAGCACCCUGCUGGCUUUUUUAAAAAUAAAAAAAAAUGCACCCAGCAAGGUCAGCCCUUUGUCAUGGCUAAUGUGGAGGGUGUUAAAAGGAUACCAAGGGGGAGGGGGGGACAUACCAUCAAAGCAAUUUACAAAAAAUAGAAAACAAUGAAGUUAUCAGUUGUUGCUUUUUAAAAAGCUAAAAGCAAGUAUUUAAAGUGAUUGUGCUCUCCAGGAAUUUUCUGCCCCCAAAGUUUUAUCUCCCUCUCUCCCUUCGCUUUGCAGCUGAUUCGAUUAUUUGUUUCACUUGCGAAAGACAGCCCUCUAAUUGGAAGUGCCUGCAAAUGACUAUUUGCCCUGACCAAGAAAAUGCAUGUCUAACAAUGAGGGAUGUUGACGAAACAGGUGAGUCCUGCGAUCAGCUGCUUAGCUGCACAUUUGAACAGAUCUCAAGACUGGCCUGCCCUCUUAAGCAAACAAACAAACAAAAACCCUACGGAAAUUCUGUGCAAUUUCCACAUGCACAGAUCCUGGGAUGGGUAGAGGGAGGACAGGAAUGCGGGUGGCGCUGUGGUCUAAACCACCGAGCUUCUUGGGCUUGCCAAUCAGAAGGUCGGCGGUUCGAAUCCCCACGACGCGGUGAGCUCCCGUUGCUCAGUCCCUGCUCCUGCCAACCUAGCAGUUCGAAAGCAAGUAGAUAAAUAGGUACCACUGGGUUAAAUUAGUGAAAUGUAUAAAAUUAGUGAAAUAUAUAAACUUGAAAAGUACAAAAUAAAAAUACAUAAUGAAAAAUAAAAAAUAUUAUCAUCAUCAUCAGUGCUUAUUCUAAUUUUAUCAGGGUUAUUCUAAUUUUCCUACUCUUAUUGAAAAGCACUGAUGAUGAUGAUGAUUGAAUAGGACAUCCUUAUUUUCAUCAGGGGACACGGGUGGUACUGUGGUCUAAACCACAGAGCCUAGGGCUUGCCGAUUGGAAGGUUGGCUGUUUGAAUCCCCGCGACGGGGUGAGCUCCCGUUGCUUGGUCCCUGCUCCUGCCAACCUAGCAGUUCAGAAGCAAGUAGAUAAAUAGGUACCACUGUGGCGGGAAAGUAAACGGCGUUUCUGUGCACUCUGGUUUCCGUCACAGUGUCCCGUUGCACCAGAAACGGUUUAGUGUACAUUUCCAAAAUAUAAGAUAAAAAACAAAUAAAAUAAAACCUACAUACAGCAACAGUGUUUUGUGUUGUGUAGGCUCCAAUGAUGUAAGUCAUGGGCCCCCAAUCAUGUUAAGUUAGAGCUUAAUCAUUAUUUCAUUAUUAAUAUACUUCUUAAUUGUAUUUCACUGGUUCGAUGGCACAUCAAAGUGCAAGUAGAUAAAUAGGUACCACUCUGGCGGGAAGGUAAACGGCGUUUCCGUGCGCUGCUCUGGUUCGCCAGAAGUGGCUUAGUCAUGCUGGCCACAUGACCCAGAAAAACUGUCUGUGGACAAAUGCCGGCUCCCUUGGCUAGUAAAGCGAGAUGAGCGCCGCAACCCUAGAGUCAUUCGCGACUGGACUUAACUGUCAGGGGUCCUUUACCUUUUUUAUUAUUAUUAAUAUACUUCUUCUUAACUGUAUUUCAGUUCAGCAAUUAUAAUGAUAAAAUACAUACUUCGUUACGUGCAAAUGGCUUUAGAUACCUAUUAGGUCCAUAAAUUACCAGCUGGCAUAUAUUCAACACAAAAAACAGCGACCAUUUGUUGACGACAAAGGACAGCUGGACAUAUAAAGGGCCCCAUUACCUUCAGUAGCUUAGGGCCUCAUCAAACCUAAAUCCGGCCCUGGCCACCACCACCCCAUUCAUGCUGCCCUCGGGACAAAUCUUCAUUACAACGGCAAUUAUUUAUCUAGGAUCAUCAAUGCACUUUUACAGACUAACAUAGCCAGUCAAAAACUCAAAUGAUCCACAACCAAAACUCCUAGGUCCCUGCUGCAAGGAGCUUACAAGCUAGGUUCUGGCAGUUGUGGAGACAGCAGAGAAUGAAUAUGUCGGUAUCUGUAAUUAGGCUUGGAUUCUGUAUUGGGCGAGAGCUUCAUAUGUGCUUUCUUUUUAAUUUCCUUCCUGCCUCAAGGUGACGAUGCCAAGGUUCUCAUCACCAAGAAGUGUGGCCAGGCAUGUCCCACUGAAAGCAAUAAUUCAAGCAGCGCACCCCAGUCGGUUUUCUGCUGCAAACACAACUGGUGCAACCUGUGGCCCCCAAAAUAAAAAGUGUCUGGUCCACGCUGAGUGGAAGGGCCAGUCUGGAAUGCCCUUGAAGUAAGCUGCUUUCUCUACCGUCUCAACUGUUGUGUUCUGCAAAGUUUAAUGAUCCCUUUUGGCUACAUUUUGACCCUGCAACACCGGGCAAGCAUUGGCCUCCUCCAGGUACCCUGUUCAGCGUGCAUUCAAUUUUUUUCUUUACAUCUGCAUUUUUUAAGCAAAAGAAACGAAAGAAGAAAAAUAAAAUCGCAUAUUCCUGCAACAAUUGUUAGCAAUUUCUUAACCUACUGCAUUUUGUAUCGACGAGUUUCAAAUUUUGUUAUAUUUGUCCAUGCAAAGUUUAUGUCAGGGUCUCCGGCUGUUGUUGGACUACAAUUCCCAUCAUCCCUGACCCCUGGUCCUGCUAGCUAGGAAUGAUGGGAGUUGUAGUCCAACAACAGCUGGACACCCGAGCUUGGGAAACCCUGGUCCAUGUCUAUAAGCGACCUGCUCUUAAGUGGCAAGUCGUCAAUCCAUUGAGUAAGUGGAGCCAUAUAUUGCGGAUUCAUGAUGGUUUGUACUCAGUGAUGGUACCUGGGAGGGGGGUUAUACAUUGUUAUAGGAAUUCUAAGGCCUUAAAUAUAGAAUAAAUGUUGAUAACUGCACAAGGUAAACACACAUACAUACAGUAAACCAUACGUCUAAAAUAGUACAGGAGAGCAAUCCAAAAGCCAUCUUGGCUCUCAAUAUUUCCUCUUCCUCCUUAUUCCCUCUUGCCUGAGAGCAGGUAGGCAGAGAGCAAUCAGGGGAAGUCCCUGAAAGAUUUUCUCUCCUAUAUCUAUGAACCUCCUUUGUAUUAAUUGUCAUUGUUUGCCCAGAUGCUCUGCAUUGAGGGAUGUCUGACGGGCAUCCCGAUUGUCUUAUUAAAUGCUAAUGUUUUCUAUAAACCGUGUCUGGAACAAUGUACAACUUGCUAAAUCCUCAGGAGUAUCACACCCUGGCCUGCCUGAGCCACAGUAAUCCCACCUUCUGUGUGAUGUAAUUUCUGUUUGUAGAGGGGAUGUGCUUCUACUCCACACCAAAAUGCAAAACUCUUAAAAGAGAUGUUUCUUCUGGGUUCCGGGUCUCUCUUGCCUCCUUGCAAGGAGGGGAGUGAAUUCUGUUGCAACAGAAAAAUAAAAUCUGCC